AUGGUUAGCGUCUGCAAAAGAGAUUCCGGCACAGAUUUGGCCAACGAAUUAGGUGAAUUCAUAAUUAAGCGUCAAAAUGAAGCCUUAUUAUCUAAGCAAGAUCAUUUCUACAUUGCUAUCAGUGGAGGUUCUUUAAUUAAUGUAUUGAAAAAGUGUUUAAUUGAUAAUAAAACUAUCGCGGCAAAGGUCAAAUGGCCUCAAUGGAGAAUUUAUUUCGUUGAUGAAAGAAUUGUUCCAUUUGAUAGUCCAGAUAGCAAUUAUGGUGCCUUCAAGAAGGCUAUUUUAGACCCAUUAUCUCAUAAUAAUGAUGAAUUGAAUGAAGGUCCAACAGUUUAUGCUCUUAAUGAGUCUCUUGUGGGGAACGGUGCUGCAGGAAAUGAAAAGGUUGCAGAAGAUUAUGAAUCAUUAUUACCCAAGUUUCCUUUCCAUUUGUUGCUAUUAGGAUUUGGACCAGAUGGUCAUACCUGUUCUUUAUUCCCAAACCCUGAACAUAGAUAUUUGGUCGAAGAAAGAAAGAGACAUGUCAUGUAUUGCCAUGAUUCUCCAAAGCCACCAAGCGAUAGAAUCACAAUAACUCUUCCAGUUAUUAAAAGUGCAAAUUCAAUCGCUUUUGUUGGUGAAGGUGCCUCCAAACAAGAGAUAUUGCAUGAAAUCUUCGAUAUUAAGAACGAGAAAUUGCCAACUGUCAUGGUUAAUGACAUUGGUAAAGACGUUUAUUGGUUUGUAAAUACCAUCGCUUUUGAAAAGACUAAAGCAAUCGAUAUAACUGUUGUUUAG